AGAUGUCAAAUUUAGCGUUUUAAUUUCAUCAUAUAUACGGUGAAAACAAAUGUUUUUAUUUUUUAAUUUUGUCGUUCCUUGUUGAAUCUAAUUAAGGUUUCAACUUACUUAUUUAACAAAUAACAACAUGAAUGAUCCUGAGUUGCAAAAAAUUCGGCAGCAGCGAAUGGCUGAGCUGCAAGCUCAACAUGGGGGUGGAGAUCCUAAUCAAGCGAAGGCUCAGCAAGAAAGAAUGAAGGCAAUGGAAGAUGCUAGACACACAAUACUGUCACAAGCCCUUAGCCAAGAUGCUAGAACCAGAUUAAAUAUAAUAAAGCACAGUAAACCAGAAAAAGCGGCUAUGGUGGAAAAUAUGAUCUGUAGAAUGGCCCAGAUGGGCCAACUGAAUACUAAAAUAUCUGAGCAGGAACUCAUUCAACUGUUGGAGUCUGUUAACCAGCAGAUGCCCAGGUCUACAAGUACUGUAAAGUUUGACAGAAGAAGAGCGGCUCUUGAUUCAGAUGAUGAUGAUUUGUAGUAACCUCAUGAAAGCAAUACUAAUGCCUUAUUUAACAAAAACUCAGGAGUCUUUUUAACAAUAAGUAAUAUAUAUUUUUGCAAAGAUUGAGUGAGGUAUACUAUUCUCUAAUCUAUUUACCAAUGGCAAUAGAGAAUUUUUUGACUCUAGAUUUAUGCUCUUAUAGAAUUUCAAUAACGCUUAAAACUUAUUCUCAUAAAGCGAAAUUAGAAUAAACAUUUGACGGAAUUGUUACCCCCUAUUCAAAACAGUUUUGAGGGUAUUAUAUUUACAUAUCUUGUCAAAAAGUAACUCAAAUCUACGCUAUUUCAUUAACUUUGUUUUAAAUACUUUUAAGUCAUCUGUGAGUUCUUUUUUGUUCAUAACCUACUGUACGAAAAGAAGAUAUAAAAGUCGUGUUAUAUUACUUUGAAUAGAGCAACUUGAGUUAUAUAAGUACUCAAAUGUAUAUGCAUAGCCUCUAUAUUACUUAUUACAAAUUCGUACGUAUGUGUAUGUUUUGCUGUGCCGUCAAUUUAACUUUUGAUUAAAGUAUGCCCAAAAA